AUGCAUCUGCAUCAAUACAUCAAAUGUGUUUAUCUUGUUCUUGCCUGUUUUGCUGCAUCAUCAGCUAUAGUUCACAAUGUUAUCGCUAGAAAUUUUUCAGUAUGUGAAGUUGAACCUGGUAAAAUUGUUCACCCCGAAGUUCAAUAUCUUUCGAACGAAGAUUUGCAGCGAUGGGCAGGUAAAAACGAAACGCUUCAGCUCGAGAAUAUUCAACUUGUACAUCCUUUGGCUGGAAACAUUGGUUAUCGUAUAGCUAACGCAUUUGUUGGCACUGUACUUAUAGCUUACUCACAUCACUACUCGCUUGAAUUAAGUGUUGAAGACAUUUGGGUAGCAAUCGCUCAAGGUGUUAGUAUACAUCUUAAUGAAAAUGCUGAAAAAUAUCGUCAACUAUUUGUCUCGCACGAAGAUAUUUCAAUAUCACCAUCUCGUUCUCGUCGUCGUCGUGAUUUUAAACGACAAUUGAUAGACAAUAAAAGUCAUGAUACUGAAACAUUCACAUCUCUUGACCAUCAUUCAUCAUCAUUUGAUGGAACAAAUUCAAAUGGAAUCAUUGAAAGUCUUAAUUUGUAA